AUGGAUAUAGGGAACUCGCUGCUCACAAAAGAUGGUUCCAAAGAAUCAACAGCCGAAUCUCCAAUGACCUCGAAGAUACAGGUUAUCGAAGUUCCAUAUGAAUAUAUAAAAUGCUCAAGAUCUGAUCUUGUCGUUUUAGUAUCACGUAUGCUCGUACUGCUUAUACAAAGCAAUGAUAUGACAUCAAACACUUCUAAUUCAUCUUCAGACUCCAAUAUGCAUCUAACAAGGUUUCAUUCGAGAAUACCUCCAAACAUUUCCAUUUUCAAUUACUUAUUCCGACUGACUAAAUAUUGUUAUGUGGAACAUUGUGUCUUAUUGUCAAUUAUCUAUUAUAUUGAUCUAUUCACCGCCGCAUAUCCAACGUUCACAUUCAAUUCUUUAACUGCACAUAGAUUUCUGUUAACUGCCAUCACAGUAGCAGGAAAAGGUCUAUGUGAUUCCUUUUGUACGACAGCACAAUACGCUAAAAUUGGUGGGGUUCAAAAUGAAGAGUUAAAUAUUCUAGAGACAUACUUCCUCAGAAUUGUUAACUAUAGAAUAAUUCCUAGAUCAAGUAACGUUACACUUAUUAAAUUGGAACGUGGAAAUCAAGUAUUUACAUUAGAUCAUCUUGAUAUGAAAGAUCCUAAGCUAUCAUUUUUGUCCUACGAUUAUUUACCAGAUAAUGGGUACAGUGUAUUGAAUAUAUAUUACCAAAAUAUUGUAAGGAUUACUGGAGCAUCUUCCGAUUUGUUGUUUAAGAGAGUGAUUUAUACAUUCCCCAAUAAUUCCGCAUUAACUCAAAAGCUGAACAAUCUUCCACCACAAAUUAGAGCACAGCUUAUUAAAAGAACCAUAUCAAAGAAAAGAAGUCGAACAUCAAGUAGUAUUGCACUCAAUCAUCUACUACCAUCAUCCUCCGCAUCAUCAGGGAUCUCUGAUCAAUCUCCAGUUCAAUCAUAUUUGGGUGGAGCGGCUAAUACAGGGGUGUCAUAUAAUAAUGACGACGAAGAGGAAAAAGAGGAUGAUGAAGAAGCAUACUAUGAUGAGGACGAUAGUAAAGGCGGAUCUGUUGAAAUUCAUCCAAGGAAAAAGCAAUUCUCCAAAAUAGAAGAAAAAAAUACAUAG